AUGCCCGAAUAUGACUACAAGUUUCGGACCAUCUCCGAGUACAACUAUACCCACCCCACUCCCACUUUAUGGCAAGCCUGGCAUGAAGCCUACUUUCGCAGAAUCACAGGUGUCCUUCAUGCGGAUGGCGAGCAUGUGCGGCUUUUCGAGUCGGGCGACGCCACAUACAUGUUCAGCUCACCAGAGAACAUUUGGAACUGUAUGGCCUUGGCUGCGGUGACCAUGGAAGUUGUACCGGGCAACAAGACUGUCGAUCCCGUCAGUCUCAAGAAAAUGGACGACCAGUUCGAUCUUGGUGGUUCGCUCGAGGCCUUUGAUAAGCUCCAUGUCUUGAUGCGCGUCCGGCGAUGCUUCUGGCAAUCCUGCUCCGAUUCCAAGUACGGAAAUUGCACUGAAGAUCUUGAAAACUUUCGGUGCAGCCCUGUCAGCCCUGACAACAUCCAAGACUUUUCUCGUGUCAUCAAUCACGCGUAUUGUGGCAAGGCUAAUUUGGGCGUCGACGCGGACAUCGCUGGGCCGGGCAUACUCGUCGCCUACAUGGUACAGAUAGCUCUCGUCCUUAUCUUGGCUGGCCUCUUUUGGGUGACAUACCAGCCCUUGAAUCGCCUCAAGACGGCGACGCGACAGUCUUUUGGUGCAUCCGGCCGUGCCUCGACGCUAGAAACGAGGAACGAAGUUUUGGACUCAAAGCACGCCAACCGUGUUACCUUGGCAGUCCACUCGACCAUCUCAGAGCUGCAAGAAGCCCAAACAGCCUUUGGCCUGACCAUCGGUGUCAUCUUCCUAUGCGCCUUUGGAGGGGGAGGUAGAUUGGAGUUAGCCAACGUGUCAUCAGUCUUAUCCUACUCCGUCAAUCACGACAUUGCUUUCGGCCUCUUGGUCGUAGGCACGUGUUCAAUCGCCUUCCUACAGCCGUGCCGUCAACGAGUUGGCAAGCAUGGCAAGUCGAGAUGGGCCUCCAUGGUCCCCAUGUUGGCUAGCUGGCUCUUGAUGAUCAUCGCCCAUGACUUAAAGACCAAAGGCUCGUGGGCGGAUCCCGAGCAUCUCAUUGAGAUCCUUAGAGAGAACGCCGCAGUCGAAGGCUGUGGGAACAAUCCAGGGCCUAUGUCUUUUUGCCUGGGACCUUUACUCCAAGGACCUGAUGAAUCGGAGCGGGUUUUCAAGAUGACCACAAGGCUUGCUCCCGCUGUCCACGUUCUCCUCCCCAUUGUUCUUUUUGAGGAGUGGGUUAUCAAGUUGAGAGAAAAACCUGAGUCCAAGAUAUCUCGGUUCUUUAGUGGGCGGUUUUGCCAGGUUCUGUCACGCAUUCUGCUUACAGCGAACCUACUGAUGCUGAUCCUCUGCCUUGUAGAGGUGGUGAAAGCAUUCAAAAAGAUCCAAGAAAUCAACGGCGGCCAGUACUCCUGGGGCUUUGGCCAACUGGUGGCUAUGGCCGUCUGGAUCCCCGUCGUGGCAAAUUUUCUUACCUUUCUCAUCGUCGGCACCGAAAAGGGAACAGAGGCCAGAAUCCACAGGCAGCUUCAAGUGUCUCGAGUAGGUACUCUUGUGAUGACAGGCCAAGGCAGGUCAGGAGAAAAUGGCAGUGAUGAAGCUCAGAGCUUUCCUUUGCUAGCCGCUCUGCCAUCAACUACAAGCAUUCAAGUUGUAGAGAAUAAGGCUGCUGUGACCCCCUUGAACACAGACCGGUCGUGA